UUGGAACAACUUUUGUUUCUCCACUUGAACUUUACGAUGGAUCCGAUCAGAGGAACUGCACACGUCUAAACGUAGACCAUCAGCAGAGACUGGUGCCUGGUGUCCUGGUCCGAGGAGUCUAAGUGUCAGAAUAUAUGUGAUAACCUGAGAGUGAGGACAAUGUCAGGAAUAACUAGGAAAGGUUCUGGGAGACGCGGCUACUAUUACAGGCUGUUGGGUCGAACCAGGCUGCAGAGACAGCGCAGUCGUUCCAGGAGCAGGACAAGACCUACCAACAAGGAUUCUCCUUCUGAGAGAACGGGACGAAGGCGGAGCAUGCCUGGCUCCGCCCCGGACAAACCCCCACCUACGAUGGAGUCUACAGCUGCUGCCACGCCUUUUAGAGUUACAGGCUUCCUGAGCCGCAGGUUAAAGGGAUCAAUAAAAAGGACUAAAAGUCAACCCAAGCUGGAUAGAAACAGCAGUUUCAAAAACAUCCUACCAGGAUUCAGACCUGCAGACAACGACAGAUCUCAUCUGAUUCAAAGACUAAAGGAAUCUCGCUCUCACGAGUCAUUGCUCAGUCCCAGCAGUGCAGUGGAAGCUCUGGACCUCAGCAUGGAGGAGGAGGUCCUCAUCAAACCCGUACACAGCUCUAUACUGGGCCAGGACUACUGCUUUGAGGUCAGCACCUCUACAGGAAGCAAGUGCUUCUCAUGCCGCUCAGCAGCCGAGAGGGACAAGUGGAUGGAGAACCUCAGGCGAGCCGUCCACCCCAACAAGGACAACAGUCGUCGGGUGGAGAACACGCUCCGGUUAUGGGUGAUCGAAGCCAAAGACCUCCCUGCCAAGAAAAAGUACUUCUGCGAGCUCUGCCUCGACGACAUCCUCUACGCCCGGACCACCUGCAAACUUAAGGCGGACAACAUCUUCUGGGGCGAACACUUCGAGUUCGCCAACCUGCCCGCCGUCCAGAACAUCUCCGUUCACCUCUACCGAGACUCGGACAAGAAGAAAAAGAAAGACAAGAACAACUACGUGGGCCUGGUGAACAUCCCGGUGGAGAGCGUGACCAGCCGGCAACUGGUCGAGAAGUGGCACCCCGUCUGCACGCCCAACCCCGGGAAAGCGAAAACGGCGGGUCCGAUGAUCCGGAUCAAGGCCCGCUACCAGAGCAUGAACAUCCUCCCGAUGGAAAUGUAUAAGGAAUUCGCCGAGUACACUACUAACAACUAUAUGCUGCUGUGCUCCGCACUGGAACCAGUCAUCAGCGUGAAGAACAAGGAGGAGAUGGCGUGCGCCCUGGUCCACAUCCUUCAAAGCACCGGGAAAGCCAAGGACUUUCUGACUGACCUGAUGAUGUCCGAGGUGGACCGAUGCGGCGAGAACGAGCACUUGAUCUUUCGCGAGAACACACUGGGUACCAAGGCCAUCGAGGAAUACCUCAAACUCGUGGGACAGAAGUAUCUCCAAGAUGCACUGGGUGAGUUCAUAAAAGCGCUCUAUGAGUCGGACGAGAACUGCGAGGUUGACCAGUCGAAAUGCUCGGCCGGCGACCUUGCCGAACACCAGAGCAACCUGAGGAUGUGCUGCGAGCUGGCUUUUUGCAAAAUCAUCAACUCUUACUGCGUUUUCCCGAGAGAACUGAAAGAAGUCUUCGCUUCAUGGAGGCAGGAGUGCAGCAACCGCGGGCGUCCGGACAUCAGCGAACGUCUGAUCAGCGCCUCCUUGUUCCUGCGUUUCCUGUGUCCGGCCAUCAUGUCCCCGUCGCUGUUCAACCUCACGCAGGAAUACCCGGAUGAGCGCACGGCUCGGACCCUCACCCUGAUCGCUAAGGUCACGCAGAACCUGGCUAACUUCACUAAGUUUGGCAACAAGGAGGAAUACAUGUCCUUCAUGAACCAGUUCUUGGAGCACGAGUGGACGAACAUGCAGCGCUUCUUGCUCGAGAUCUCCAACCCUGAAACCAUCUCCAACACAGCUGGAUUCGAAGGCUAUAUCGACCUGGGGCGAGAACUCUCCACGCUGCACUCGCUGCUAGCCGAGAUCAUGUCCCAAAUGGAUCAGGCUGCCACGUCCAAACUGGGCCCGCUACCCAGAAUACUCAAGGAUGUUCAAACAGCACUGACAAAUCCAUCAAGUGUUCAGGCGUCCGUACCUGCCGAGCGCGCUCCCUCACCUCCUGCGACUGGCCUGCAGAAGAUGGCUAUCGACAGCGACCUAUCAGGACUGGUUGACUUCACCCGUCUCCCUUCCCCAACUCCAGAGAACAAGGAUCUGUUCUUUGUAACUCGUCCCUCUGGCCUCCACGGCUCACCCGCCCGCAGCUCCAGCUACUCGGAGGCCAACGAGCCCGAGCUCGGCUUGGCCAACGGCGCCAAAAGCCUCUCCAUGGUGGACUUGCAAGAAGCCGCCAGGACCUUGGAAUUGAUCCCGGUCAACUCGGAAGGUUCUGUGGAGAAGCACAUGGUGGCUUGGAACACCCGGACACCACAGGCCAACCUGCCCGGAGCUCCUACGCUCCAUAAAGUAGGGCACCAACCAAACAAUUUGGGUGUGGAGGCGAUCCCGGGCAGGCCUGUCCAGCUCCUUGCACCUUUGUCCUUCCAGAACCCGGUGUACCAGAUGGCAGCUGGAUUGCCUGUGUCACCGAGAGCACCAACAGGUGGAGACUCUGGGUCAGAAUGCCACAGUUCGCUUAGUUCGCAUAGCAACAACGAGGAAGCCGGGUGCGGGAAGCUCAGCUUUCUGAACCACGGGGUUGUAGUUGGGUGUGGACUUGGGGAAGACUUGUCUAGACGAUCUGGAGAGUUCUCAAGAAGGCAAAUUUCCCUCACAGAAGCUCAGCAUGCAGGAUGUCAGUCUGCAAUGCCAAGGCAAAACAGCGCCGGUCCUCGUCGGAUCGACCAGCCGCCGCCGGGCGCACAGGCCUCAGCUAACCGGGGACGAACUCCACCGAGCAUGCUAAGCUCCUCCUCCUACCAACGUCCUUCGAGCGGGAGUGCUGUUUCAUCGUCGCCCGACUGGGCAGGGAGCGGAGCACGUAUGCGGCAGCAGAGCUCGUCGUCCAAAGGGGACAGUCCGGAGACGAAGCAACGGUCUCAGUACAAACAGGCCCCAUCACCAGUGAUUCCAAACGCAUUGGACCGUACCGCUGCAUGGUUAAUGAACGUGCCGUUUUUAGAGCAGGACUCGGAGACGGACUCACGCAGGGACGAUCAAGCACUUAAUGAAAAGUACCAGGCGGAGAUAGGGGUGCUGCAGGAGCGUCUGCGGCUGUGCGUGCAGCAGCUGGAGCAGUGCGAAGCUCGGCUGCACUCUCAGGAUGACCAGGCUCAGCAGCUCCUGCUGCAGUACCAGAGUCGACUGGAGGAGGCCGAGCAGAGGCUGCAGCGCCAGCAGGAGGACAAAGAGCUGCAGAUGAAGAGCAUCAUUAGCAGGUUGAUGUCUGUGGAAGAGGAGCUGAAGAAGGAUCACAGUGACAUGCAGGCGCUGGUCGACUCCAAGCAGAAGAUCAUAGACGCACAGGAAAAGCGAAUAGCUUCUCUGGAUGCAGCCAAUGCGAGGUUGAUGAGUGCUCUGUCUCAGCUAAAGGAACGCUACAGCAUGCAGACACGCAACGGCAUUUCACCCACCAACCCCACCAAACUGCAGAUCACCGAGAACGGAGAGUUCCGCAACAGCUCCAACUGCUGAAUAGAACCCACGUACCCCACCAAAUUAGAGAUCGAGAAUGAAGACUGACGAAGUUCCCACCAACCCCUCCAAACUACAGAUCACAAGGAACUGAGAGUUUUGCAACAGCUCCAACUGUUGACUCCCACCCACCAACCCCACCAAACCAAACUACAGAUCACAGAGAAGGGGAAGUUCUGCAACUGCUCCAACUGCUGAAUCCCACCCACCAACCCCACCAAACUACAGUUUACAGAGAAGGGGGAGUUCCGCAACUGCUUCAACUGCUGACUCCCACCACCAACCCCACCAACCUAGAGAUCAUAGAGAACGAAGACUGACGAAGUUGAAUCCCACCCACCAAAAUACAGAUCACAGAGAAGGGGGAGUUUUGCAACAGGUCCAACUGCUGAAUCCCACCCACCAACCCCACCAAACUACAGAUCACACAGAACAAAGACUAACGAAGUUGAAUCCCUCCCACCAACCCCACUAAACUACAUAUUACAGAGAAGGGAGAGUUCCUGCAACAACUCCAACUGCUGAAUCCCACCCACCAACCCAACCAAACUACAGAUCACAGAGAACAAAGACUGACGAAGUUGAAUCCCUCCCACCAACCCCACCAAACUACAGAUUACAGAGAAGGGAGAGUUCCACAACUCCACCAACUCCUGAAUCCCACGUUCACUGACUGAAUAAACAAAGACACAUCAAGAUGCCACUGUACUUCAAAGCAGUACAAGGAAAAACAAAGGACAUGCCACUUUGUCGCUUCUAAACUUUAAAGCCAGGUGCUGAACUGUUCUAGAAGUCAGUAAAUAAUACUAAAAGAAACCUUUAACUCGCGACCGUGAACUAGCACUCGUGAGCACUACUUCGAUCUAGGACAAACCACUAGAUUUACUGUCUGUAAGUCUCUCUAGAAGAGCUCUUAAACUUAGCUGUGACCAUACGGAUGCUAGACUUGCAGGCCUGCUACGCCGUUCAGUGCUAGAUUUUGCACCCGACUGAGAAACUUUGAGGAUAUUUAUUUCAAAUCUUAGGAAGAUGUCAUACUAGUCAACGAGUAAGGCCGGCAUACUGCUCCUCCUCUUGGUUUGCCCCUACAUAGUGCACUUUUAAU